AUGUAUAUUCGACGGUCAAAGGAAUAUGUCUGGAUUCACGUUGUUGUGCUUCUUUGUCUUUGUGACUGGUCUGCUUCGCAGUUAUCCUACUCGAUUUCUGAGGAGGUGAACAAAGGCACCGUAGUGGGAAAUAUUGCAAAGGAUUUGAACCUUAAUGUACAGGAACUGGAAACCAGAGAUCUGCGUAUUGUUUCGAGCUACAGUAAGAAAUAUUUUGACGUGAAUUUGCGGACCGGGAACAUCUUUGUUGACGAGAGGAUAAACAGAGAGGAGCUUUGUCCGAAUUUGGCAAAAUGCUCGUUAAAAAUUCAAGCCGUUUUAAACAAUCCGAUGACUGCACAUCGCAUAGAGGUUAAUGUUUUAGACAUAAACGAUAAUUCGCCUGUUUUUGUUGAAAAAACGUUUUCUCUGAAUAUUUCCGAAUCGUCUUUAACUGGAGAACGACAUUUUCUCCCAAUAGCAGAGGACGCAGAUAUAGGUAGUAACUCAGUGAAAACUUACAAGCUGAGCCAAAAUGAAUAUUUCUCUCUUGAUGUGCAGAGCGGCGGAGAGCACGGUGUGUCUGCUGAGUUAGUGCUGCAGAAAGCUUUAGACAGAGAGAAACAAUCGGUGAUCACACUGCUGUUGACCGCUGUAGAUGGAGGAAAACCGCCGAGAUCGGGG